GGUUUUUAUCAAACUUAGAAAGUCGUCCGUCACACAUGGCGAGUUAACACGGUGUUUUGUGUUGCUAGUUGUGCCUCUAUAGCUUGAAAGAUAGUUACUCAAACACUUUCAUAUAUGCAUUGAACUGAAGAAUAACGUUACAUCGUGUGAGAAGGACACACAAUACAUGUGAUUAAUCAGCGGCUACAUCAGAGAAGACGCGGCUUGUGUGAACUCCGGUUCCGGGGAGCAGAGCGCCAUUACGGCUACACUCGGCUUACUUUAUCACGAGGGAACAUUUGCUGGCAGAAAUAAAAUUUGUGAGUGUGCUGUGACGGCUGUCCGACCACAAGAGUCUCCUAUCCGACUGCACCUGUGUCUGUUGUCCAACCUGUCUGAAUUCAGACUGCGGUGAAAUGACUGAUCCAGUUAAGUUCCGAAUCAUUCUGGGAGAGAAUAAUUCCCAGAGAUUGAUCCUUCCUGGCGGGAUACCAGACUCUAUCAGUGACCUUGCGGACCAAAUAAAGCAGCAGUGUGGAGUAGAAGGGGACUUCAGACUUCAAUACAUGGAUUACGAGUUUGGGAAUGAAUUCACCAACUUGCUGUCAAUGUCAGAUGUCCAGGACAAAAGUACCAUCAAGGUCAUAUUUAAUUCCAUUACUACUGUCCAGCAUGAUGGCUCUCGGCCCCCUCCCUACCCAGCUGCUGCUGCCACCAUUCGAUCUCCACAUGACUCCUCGUCCCUUUCUUCGGGUAGCUCACAGGAUACAGAAAUACUGUCUUCACCGGAGUCCACUUCCUCAAGAUCCUCUGGAUGGCCCAUUAUCUUCACUGUUCCCCGGUUCUCCUAUGAUGCUGAGCUGCAGCUGGACAGGGCCAACACUGCUUUUAAAGAAACUGGAACUUUGUUAAGUCCUGAUACCCAACUUAAGUCAGCCAUUCUUGAUGGCUUGACUGAAACUAUUGUGAAGUACAAAGUGUACCUCUCCGACCGUGAGUUUGAGGAGGUAGCUGAAGCUCUUGUAUCAGCACAUCCAUGUUUGAAAGAACCAGGCUCAGUCACUGGAUUUGGCGGCUGGAAGACGAGCUUGAAAUAUAAACUUGGUAACUACCGAACAAAGCUCAGGCGGCUUGGCUGCCCAGAAGUCACAGUAAAUGCCCUAACACACAAACCUGGUGGCAAAUGCAGUCCUGCUUAUGGUGUAAAGAGACCAAAAAAAGCAGAAGUGAAUUACUGCCCUGCCUACCCGUCUGGUGAAACUGCCGAGACACAAGAAGGACUAAGAGUGGCCCUCCUCUCAGAAGUGAAGAAAAGAAACAAUGAGGAGAAUGUGGCGAAAAUGAUGGACAAGACCUUUGCUUACAGGAGGCAAGAAGUAGUUCGGGAGGCACCAAUGAUAGCUGAAUUCACAACGAGGUGGCCGGCUCUCUUCAAUGUGCAUGAGGUGUGUUUGGAAUUCAAGAGAAUCACAACACUCCAUUUAGAGUCAAAGUUCUUCUCUGAGUUGGAUGCUUACUCUGCAGACCUAAUCAAGUUGUUUGCCAAGAAAGGCGGAGUUCAAGGGAAACAGAUCAGAAGCAUCAUGGUACCCAUGACUGAGACUGACAGCAUUGAUGUCAGAAGAGAAUGCAUACUGAAAAGUCUUUGCGUCUACUUGAAUGAAGAUCCAGAGAAGCUGGUGAAAGAAUACCUGAGCGAUGAUGAAAGCAGUCUGGCGGCUAUGGCAGAGACGGUCUUUGGAGUUUUUGUCAUUCGACACCACGGUGCAGGGCCCAGUGAGAACCCAGAGGAUGUCGGAAUUAUUCUGGAGGGUGUAAUGGUGUUGCAUGAGUUGAGGUAUGUGCCUUUUGCAGUGGCAAUGUUGCUUGCGCUCGUCUAUGCUCUAAACCUGAGCUACCCCAGAGAACUAAGAUACACCUUUGAAGCUCUGCAGAAGAUCAUUAUGAAACUAGAUGGAAAUAAACUUUCCGCAAAAGUGCAAGCUCUCAAAACAUUGCUUUCCCGUUAAUAACCACACAAGGUACAUGACUGAGCUCAUCCUCACCUUAGGAAAUCACCCUGUGAUUGCUUUAGAUUGCUUUAAAUCAGUAAAAAAUCUCGUUCAAUCAAAACAUAAUUGAAGUUAAAAUACUCCGACUGUAAGGUUUUCAAUGAUUCUCUAAAGUAAAAAUGUUUUUCCUUGACAAUGUUUUAGAUUGCCCACUGUUGGUUUUUAUGUAAUAAUAUCCCUAACUGUGAAAUGUUUUUUUUUUGUUACUAAGGUAAAGUAAAAAAUUUUUGGCACUUUAAAAAUAAGUGAAGCAGUGUUUUGUUUAUAAUGUUCAAGUUUUGACACUGAGCAGGCUUCAAUUCAUUGAACCUCUGUUUCUGAUGUUAAUGUUCACUGUUACAUUCUAAAUAUGUUGGUCUGAUGUUGAAGUGGAAUGUGAAAUGUUUCAAGGGAAAUGUGAGUCUAAUGCUGGCCUCACACUGCAAGGUUCUCGUCAAAUUUAUGCCCUGGCCCCGCCCAACAAUCGACAGAAAAAUCGGGUCUGCGACAUUGUCAGUCCUGAUUGAGGGGGGUACUGAUCAAUCGUAAGCCUUGAUCGGCUAAUAUAGCGUCGGGGGUUACCCGAUCGCUUUAAAACAUUUUAGAAAUUUGUUGAAUUAGAUCUUUCCAAAACUUUCUAUCUGUGACCAUUCCCUCGGCCAUGAUAUUCUAAUGGAGUCCUGUAAUAUGUGAUGGCUACUAGACAGCCCCCCAUUUCUUAAAAGCACUCUACUGUUCACUAAAUCACUCUACUUUUGUGAAUUUGCUUCUUUAUAUAUAUAUAUAUAUAUAUGUGUGUGUGUGCGUGUUCUCAAAAAUGGGAAAGUAUAUUUUUUUAUAUUUACAAGCACCUGAAAGUGUUAACUUUUCUUGCACUUUGAAAAAUAAGGGAAGCAAUGUGUUGAUGUUAAGAGAAAGUAUUUUUUUAUGUUGUUUUCAAGCACCUGAAAGUGUUGAACUUUGUUCUUUUGAAGAAAUACAAUUUGAUUGCCUCAUC